CUUACCCACCCUUCCUCUCUCUCUGUGUGUAGAGAGAGAGGGUGGGUGUUUGUGUUUGCAAGUGCUAUUAAAAAAAUUAUUAUGCGCAGCACUGUUAUUUGUCAAAUCAGUCUUUGUUCUUAUGCAACGAUAUUUAUAACCGUUGUCGUUUCGACCGAAGGUAUGAGUGCCUCAGGGGACUUAGGAAUUUCACCUGUCCUCUUGCAAGCCAUAUCACAAACACUGACAUCAGCAGAAGCACGUGGAGACAAGACAAAGAGAGAACAGGUAAAAAUGGAAAAGAAACUGCCCAGCAGCAAGGUGGUUAGCCAUCUUCUCAAGGGUAUGAACGAGCCAGUUUCAGGACUGAUGCACACUGCAGCAUCCUCCAGUGAGAUGAGCAUAGAGACCUGCAUGGACACUUCAUUGACAGCUCCAUUCAAAAAAGAUGAAAAAAAUAUCAGCUUGACGAUCCAAGAACGUGUAGCAGCACAGCUCUUAUUAAAUCAGGGACGCUCUGCAGUGAGUAGCACCACGGUGGGUGGAUCAGCAAGCUCCUCUGAUGUUAGCAUGGUGAACGUUUUAACAGCCUUAGCUUCCCAGCACAUCAAGGCCAACAUUAAGCAGGAGGCCAAUACCAGCCUCCCAACAGUGUCAGCAGCAAUAUCCACUCAGCCUUCCUCUACAGAAGAUGGUUCAGGAGAAAGACACCAGCCACAGAUCAUAAUUUACUACAAUAAUGAUAAUGCCUCAGUUCCAUCUCCUGCCAAUGAUGUGAUAGUGGGGGAGUUUGAAAGCGAGGGUGGAAACUAUCGUGUAGUGAUGCACCAAGGUGAUGUUCAGACUAGCAGACUUCCUGUUGGAACUGAAUCCUGUAUUCAGCUGAUGCCUGAUAUGUCAGGGGCUGAUAUAGCUGAUGGGGCUGUGGUGGUAGCAGACUCAAACUCUGCAGAAGGCAUGACUGGAUCUUGUCCAGUGUGUGGGGAUAAACUUUCAGGAUACCAUUAUGGGGUGUUCACAUGUGAGAGCUGCAAAGGAUUUUUCAAGCGCACAGUACAGAACAAAAAGUCUUUUGUUUGUCACAAACAGUCCGACUGUGAAAUAAAUGCUUACAAUCGCAAAAAGUGCCCAGCUUGCAGAUUCAACAAAUGUUUGAUUGUUGGCAUGAAAUUAGAAGCCAUCAGACCUGACAGAACGAGAGGUGGAAGGAGUUCCUAUGAUGGAUGCUCUCCACAUGGGAAGCCCAAGGCAAACUCCCUACAGCGGAAGACAAAGCGGUCACUGGGACAAUCUGGCAGCGAUUGUGAGGAGUCCAGAAUGCCGGGCAUGUCUGGUAGCUGCGGUGACCUAUUCAGCCCGGGGGCAGAUGGGGGCAAAAGUCAUCGGCAGCUAGUGGCCAUUUUAAAUCACUCUAACACACACGCACAGCAGAUUCCUGAUGGUGAUGCACAACGAGUGCCUGAGCUGCUGACUGACAUCAUGAACCUAGAACCCCUCUUGGUUGAUGAUGAAAUUCCCCAGGCUGCAACUCCUGACAUGGAUGAAACCACGGCAUUCUAUAAUUUCCUCAUGCAGCUGACAGAGUUGCGACUUUACAAACUUGUUCGCUGGGCACGCAACCUACCUCAAUUUGGUGCAAUAUCGACUGAUGACCAGAUCCUGUUAUUGCAAAACUGUUGGUCUGAUCUUCUGGCCUUGGGGGUUUGUUGGCGAUCGGUUUCAAACUCCAGCAUUCUCAACCUGUCUGAUGAACGGUCAGUUACAAUUGAAGAGGCAGCGGCAUAUGGGUUUGGGGAUGUCGCUAAUCGUCUUCACAGCAUCACACAAAGUCUUCAGUCCCUUCACAUGGACCAGUAUGAAUAUGUUGCUCUCAAGGUUCUGCUAUUGAUCACACCAGAUGUAAAGGGCCUUAAAGAACCUGGAAAAAUUCGGGACUAUCAGGAGAAACUCACGGAAGCUUUGGCAGAAUACACCAGCUCUCAUUAUGUGCAAAGUCCUUUAAAGUUUGGGGAAAUGCUGCUGCGGCUUCCAGAGCUGGCCCGUAUCUCAUUCAUUGCUAAAGAAAAGUUGCUCACCGUUCUUCCUCCAUCUUUGACUUCCUGUGGUCUGCUUGUAGAACUUCUGAAGGGGGAAAAUGCUGUGAAAGAUUGAAAAAUAGACAAUGUUUACAGCUGAAGGGAUGAGUUGAAAGAUGGCACCAGUGAAUUAUUGAUUUGCUCCCUCUCACAGAGAAAAGACAGAUUUUGGAUUCUUUGAGAAGACUGUGUUUAUUUGCAUACAUCUCGUGCCUGAAGAUUAACAGCAGUGGCAUUGGUGGAAGGUGUGAGUUCUCAGUGAAGAAAGUUUGAUGGUCACGACUCAGGUGGCUUUACAACACACUUGAACCAGACAAAUAUGCUUUCUUUCAAAACAACAAAAUGAUUGCCUGUGGCUGCCCAAAUCAUGUUAUCAAGUUGUUGAAUGGCUCAGGACUCUACAGAUUACAAAACACAUAUGCAUAAAUAACAACUUGCCUCAACACAAUACUUUACAGGUGACAAACAUCUAGCAAUAAUUAUAAUGUUUACCUCCGGGGCACUUCCCCGAUCAAUUAUAAGGAUUACAAUCCUCGUGCUCUCUCCUGUUCAACCACAAAGUUCCAGUUCAUCGUCUAGCUUACGAUCGCACUAGCAAUCGUUGAGUACUUUACUCACAGUUCAUCAUCCCUCGUAGGGUCGUUGCUCUCCACAUGUCCCACCACCUAUAAUUCAAUACACGAAUACACACACAACGGCCGUACACAUUGGCCGUGUGGGUCAGGCAGUUCCCGGGGUCACAGGGGAGGUAAUCCAUGGUGACCUCGUGGGUCUCCUAGCCCACGUGCUGCUGGGUGCUGAACCAAAACACCUUGAUCACGGAAUGGUCCUGGGAGGCGAUUCUUCUUUAUCCAGUAGAUCUCCAGCUCUUUCAGUCCAUACAAUUAAAACCUGUAACUCGAGGUCACACUAUACUACAAUUUCUGAACUUAUUCUUCAAUUCACGGAUCUUUUUCUCACAUGUUUUCAACUUCAAAACCUGCAUAAGUUCCAUUUCAAUUUCACAAAAGAUGUCAUUAAUACACUUGCAUAAAUAAUACAUAAAAGAUGUCAUACCUCGUCUAGGUGGGCUAAUCCAACAACGGGUCAGUACCGCGCAGCAUCUAGGGUCGAUAGACACUACCCUCUACUACACAACAAUCUCACUCGGGAGAUGUACACUCGUGACUCGGGCACGUCCUCUUCUCUAGGUAUCCCGGGCCUGAGUAAAUUUCCAUAACUCUUUUCAGCCAAAACCUACCAGUGAACUUUGUUCACUACACACUUUCUUUCACCGUUAACACUUUCCAACUAAUGUUCUAAACUAUUCAUCAUACAUUCGACAUAUACUUUCAAUCCAUCAGCCACGAAAGGGUUAAACACUCCGAAAAACACAGAGGGCAUGGACUGGUCUGUGACAUUGAUUUAUCUGUCAAGCUGUACUGGCAGUUUCAGGUAUUGAUCUGAGGUAUUGAAGGGAGUGAACCAGUAGUUUCAUGGUCUUAGAUAUCAGCAGCUGCACCUGUCUCCUCAUUGCAAGCAGCAUUGCAUUUGCAUGUUGAAAUGCACAUGCAUAUUUAAAAAAUCAGCACAGAACUUUGCUGAUUAAAGCUGUUGAUGUCUAAAUUGCUAUUUCCUUAAAAUAAUGUGCCUGGUGACUGUAUAUACAUCUGGUUUUAUUAGAUCUCUUAUUAGAUAUUUUAAUAUUUGGGGCAAAGUCAAAGAACCGUUUAGCCUACCCUGUGAUGUGUGAGUUCUGGUUGUAUUAAAGAAACAACUCCUGUAAGGCAAAGAGUUUUCAGUUGGUAAGAUGUCCAUUAUUACAUUUACAUGAUCAUAAGGGUGGACAGCUUUCUUUUUGUAUAGUUCAUCUUGAAAUGGGAUUUUUUAUGUUAAUGAUGAGUAUGGAGGCAAGUAUUUCCCUUGUCAAUAUCGUUGGCUUUGGACCUGCACCUGUAAAAAAAAAUAGUCUUAGUAUAAUUUUUCACUUUGCUAUACCAUGCAUAAUUUCAUCACAGUUUAGUGUGCAGGGCAAAUAGGAGAUGUGGCAGAAGAGAAGGUAACAUCUCAGUUUGUCUUCGACUGCUUUUUUGUGUGUGUGUGUGUGUGUGUGUGCCUGAUUUCAUUUUAGCUACAUGUAGGUAAAAGGUCUAAAAACUCACUAAACCUUUUGUAGUGAAGACCGGCAUAAGACAGGGUUGCAUAUUAUCACCAAGAAUCUUCCUAAUGGUCAGAGACUGGAUAAUGCGGCAAACCAGCUGACACCAUUGCCAAGCAGGCACUUGACUGGAACCCUCAGGGGAAGAGGAGAGUUGGGAGACCAAAGCAGACUUGGAAAAGAACAGUACAAAGUGAGGCAAAGGACAUCGGAACUACCUGGGCCCAAUUGAAGGAGGCUGCCUAAAACCGGGUUUGCUGGUGAGGUGUUGCAGCCCUAUGCUCCUCAAGGGGGCAACAAGGAAUAAACUAAACUAAAAAGUCUAAUCAGCUGUUAGAUUUUUUUAAACCCUGGUCAUUUUUUUUUUUUAGCAAGAGUGAAUGCUGUUUCUACUGUUUGACAUGAGUGAACAGAUAUAAAAUCACUUCAACAUGGUUGAUUUUUGUGCUUAUAUUCUUUAUUCAUGGCAGUCUUCAUUGCCACAUAUUGUCAAUCAUCAGUAGCAUGGAGGCAAUAACAAAACACUCAUUUAAUCAGUUUUACAUCCCAUGAAGCUUUGCUAAUUUUCCCUAACAUGCAAGCAACGAAUCACUCUUGUCAAAAUGCAGUCUUUAAGUAGUGCUUUAUAUUGAAGACCACACGAAACAUGAUCAUGACCCAAAACAGCUGUUGAACAAGGACAGGGAAUUGCCGAAGACCUUGAUGUUAGCCGGCAUUCACUUCAUCAAAUCUUGUUUGGUUGAAACCCUUCCUAGUAUGAUCUUUAGAAUUCUUCAUAGAAUCCAUGGGUAUUCGUAUUUCAAAGGUGCUUAAUCAGACCAUGUCAAGACCAUAAUCUUUGAUCGCAUUUAAUAAAACUAGUCAGUUCUGGUUCCUGUUUUGAACUUACAUGUGUGUGUGUGUGUGCACAUGUGCCCAUAUUUGCGUGCAUGUGUGUGUGUGGACAUGAAUUUGAGCAUAGCUGUGUAAGCAGAUAAGAGAAUUCUGGAAAAUUGAUCAUCCUCAGUGAGUUGAAAAGAUGGCACACUUUGCAAGAAUGCUAUGUCCUAUAUAAUGAUAACUAUUCAGGUAUUAAGCACAUUCUUUUGAAUAUAUUAUAUUUGAUUUUAAAUGCUUAUCAUUUUAUGUUGAUUUCGCAACAAAAGAACCCAUUAUUUAGUGCAAGCAAAUCCUGUUAGCAUAAAAUAUUUUAAUCAGAAUUUAAGGCAUUAUUUCAAACCAUGGAAAGCUGUUGCCUCUUUUUGAUCAUGUUUGAGGACUUUUCAUUGGCUAAAAAAAGACACAGAACACUUCAAUGGGUACAAUUUCUAGAAGUGAAUAAUUAGGAACUUAUCCUAAAACAGAAGUUCUGGGUUUGUUUGUGUAGAAGGGAGAGUCUGUAGUAAAAUGAGUCUCACAUUAGCUUUGGCGCUUCUAUAGUUUGUCAUGCAGGCACAGUAUCUUAGUGGAGAGGGAGUUGUUAUUGGCUGUAAAGUUUUUUUUUUCUUUAUUAAUGUGUAAGCUGAUGUAGUCAUUACUCCUGUUUGUAUAUGACGUCUAUAUUGUUGUGUUCAACUGAUUUGUCAUUUUUGUUUUAGAUCAUGUAUUUCAUUCUGUGAUCAAUUAUUGAUGUUUUUCAAUUAACACGCAUACAGAUCAGUGACUCUGGCAGCUACAUAAUGGGGAUACAGUUCAUUACUUACUUAUUAGGCACACAUUGCAACACAUUACCAAUAUGCAUUCUUUUAUGAUGAAACUUCUUAACAGGGGGAGAAAAGCAGAUUCUAAAUUGUGCACACUGAAAAGCCUCAACUGGCACUAAAAGAUAACCAAGCCUACUUAAGAAGGAAGCUCAGUUAAUAUUUUUUUUCUGUGGGGGUUGGAUUUCUUGGUAAUUUGCUUUGUCUUUUUUUCAGUGAUGAUCUUAAAAAUUCAGAAUUAUUUGUGCUAACAUAUAUUUUUUAUGUAUUCACAUGCACUGUUAAACUACUUCUUAGAAUGCCCUUUAGAACAGUGGUUCUCAGAGUGUGGUCUGCGAACCUCUUAUGGGCUGCAUGCAAUAAGUCAGGUGGUUUGAGACUGACAGUCAUCAUAUGUCAGCAAAGUCCAGUCUUCAUUUCACAAGUUUUGAUUGCAUAAAACGCUCGCUUACCAAGUCCUUAUGUCACAGUGCAAGCAUUGUGUCAUUUAACCUCAUCAUCCAUUACCCCUUGUAGUGCAGUGGACUUCCUUAUUUUUAUGUGUACUUAGUGAAGUAUGUAAUUUUAUGUAAACUUUUUACCAUACUACCGUCAAAAAAGUGCGUUCAGUUUUAGUUUUUUAGUUUAAUGAAACAAAUGUGGCAAUUUAAAUUUGAAAUUCAUGCUACAGAGUGAUUUUAGGCCUUGGUGGUCUGGCGUAUUUUUACUUUAACAAAGUGGUCAACUGUUAUCAGGUACCUUCCACCUAAGUCAGCAACCAAAUCUUUGGCUUGCACUAGCUGUGAAAUGACAUCCAAGGUGUGCCUCUUUGAAGUCUCUGUUGCAGUAGAUGACACGAAAUAGCGACUGUGGAAUGGAGACACAAUACCUUACAAGAAGUUAUAGUUAUCUUAAGGGCUUUUCUGUCUUUCACAGGUUGGCUAACUUUGCACAUUUGUUUUUCUUCAAAGAGACCAGAAUACAUGUUUAAUAGGUGGCCUUCUGCCACUGUUUUGAGGCUCAAAACAUGGAGCAAGUUAGUGAGACAGUAAAUAUAUAAAGUUCCUUUCAUCUUUGCAUUUUCCCUCAAAAAUAAAUGCUGCCAGUAGAUGGCAGCAGAACAUUGCCCUGAACAGUAGGAGGCUUAGGGUUGUAUUUGGGGUCAAAUCAAUAAUACUAAGGGUUAACCAUUUAAAAAAUUCUUAGCCCAUGUCUUAGUUGGAGUCAGCACAAAGGUUAAAAUACUUAAUUGCCUUUAUCAAAUUCAUAUAUUAGUAUUUGUUUAUUUUCUGAAAUGAAAAUUAGAUAUCCUAGUUUCCUAACAGACGAGUGCAUGAGUUUUAUGGCCUGUAUGUUGUUGAAUAGAGAACUGUCUUUGAUGUGGAAUGUACCUGCAUGUACAGUUUAAAAAUACAAAUAGCCUUGGUAACUGAGUUAAAAUUGAACACCUCUUGGAAUGGGUUAAAAAAAUGUCAUUUAUACAUGAAUCAUGUGAUGCAAAAUGUCUCUUAAGUUUCCAGGUCUAUUGUAAAGGAAAUAUGAAUUAAGCAGCAGAUACAAUGUAUGAAAGAUACAGAUAAUGCAAGCAAAUUUUAUGCUUUUUAAAAUUAGGAUAAAAGUGUUGACAGUGGAUGCUUAUUUUAAACUUUCCAUUCAUUUUCAUACCGUAUUAAAAAAAAAAACCUAGCAGUUUGCUUGUAACAAAUAUGCAACUUUUAAGUAUUAUGCAAUGAUCUUUGCUAUGUUAAUUACAUGCAUAUCAAUACACAUUUUUUGUUAGUUUUUGUUUGUUUGUUUAGUUACUUUCUGUUAGUUUUCUGCCUGGAUCUUCGAAAUGUAAACACAAUUUACUAGAUAUUCUAGGUUUUUGUGCAUUUAUGCAUGUAUGUACAGAGUAAACAAUAGUUUUUGUUAAAAGCCAGUUUAGACCCCCUCCAGUGGAGACUGCAAAUACCUUCAACAAUAUUUUUAAUUGCAAAAUCAAGCCAUUCAUGAUUUAUAGUUUGCCUUGCAUGUUCACCACAGAUAUGAAAGUUAACUAUAAGAAUAUGUAGCACAAUGUAUAUUCCCUAAUUGUAUAUUUGAAUUGUGAAAAAUGCAAAUAUAGAUGCAUCUAGCUAUCCAUGAUUUGUUUUCUAAAAUAAUGGCAUACUUUGUUUUAGGUUAAUGGGAAAAAGAUAUUUUACAAAACAAAUAAACAUUUCUUGAAUUACGAAG